AUGCCGAGCAACAUGGAGUCGCAAGUGGACGUGUCCAAGGAUGACGAGAAGGAGUACGAGGACAGCUACUACCCGGACGUGGAGGAGGAGGGCUCGCGCCUGUGCGAGUCGCAUGCACGGCCAGACCUUCAAGAGGGGGCCCGCCGUGACUGUGCUUCAUCCGCGUCCUGGGAUUUGCUCUCGACUCCCUCGGAGUUCGUGGACAUCGGCAACGAGACGAUUCAGAUGAUUGAACAGGCGAAGGCUCGGAUCAUGGAUGACCCGGACCCAGAGGCAACUCUUGGCGAACCUCGGCCCAACAGCGAGCAGAUCGACUCAGGAACCGAGCCCGCUGGAUUGAAGUGGUUUGUGGGACCGGUGUUCGGGCGAUACGAUGAGGCACGCCAGGUAUUUCUAGAGGCGACCCGAAUCGAUGGUAAGGAGUGCCUAUUGAUAGAUCCAGGUGCGUAUGACAAUUUGGUGGGUGACAGAUGGGUUAUGCGAGUGGGAGCUCUGGCAAAACGGGCAUGUUUGGAACCGACGCAACAUCUGAUGGAUCAAUCGAUCGGGGUUGAAGAAGUCGGUACCAAUGCUCAGAUCGCCAAGGAGGAGGUGACGAUGCCAGGCGCAGCCAAGGACGAGCGAGGCAAGGUGCAUCAGAUAAGCUACAAGGCCCCAGUGGUUCCUGAUUCAGAUAUUCCCGCUCUCUGGGGAAAGCGUAGUCUGAAGCACAACAGAGCGGUGGUCGACGUGAUCAACAACAAAUUGUACCUGUGUGGCCCUGGAAGAGUACAGUUCACGCCACCGCCGGGGACGCUCACCUUCAAUCUUGAGGACUCGCGGCCAGGACAUUUGCUGUUGCCUAUCUCGCAUUUCUUCGGCAACGGUAAGGAUAAGAAGGUGCGCGCGAAGCAGGAGCCAGCCACUUGGCAUGCAAGUGCGCCCGCAGUCACCCGGCCCAUGGUCAAAGAUAAGGCGAAGGAGGACGAGGCAGACACGCCGACGCAUGAGCCGACACCGGCCACCUCCUCGGCGCCUGCGCAGGACCCAGAGAUCAUAGUGAUAGACGAGGACAAUGGCCAUCCGAUCCGCACGAAGCUGCUGAGUCAGGCCAACAUCACCUACACCCGCCUAAGUCUUCUGCACACCUCGACCAUGGAGCAUAUUCUCCGACUCUUGGAGCGAGGGAAGUGCCGAGGCCUUCGGUGCGUGCUGGUGGUCGAUUCUCAAGCUACGAAUGAAGCCUGGCAGGACGAUGAUAUUCUCAGAGCGACGGCAACGACCCUGCCAGGAUAUCGGAUGACAGAUCAUCGAUGGUGCAGUUACCUGACGUCGGGCAAGGACAUGGCCCCGACGACCAGCCAGAGAUUCUUUUCCAACCUGGACGUGCUUCCCGACUCGUGCAGCUGCGGCCGGAAGAGCUCAGAUCACCGCAGAUCGACAGGGUUGGAACACGUUCAGCUUGAAGGUCAGUUUCUGACCGUCUUCUGGCAGAACCGACUUCGAGACGAGCUAUCCGAUGCGGUUCGAGGAGAAGUACGUGACGACAAUGACACGGAACGAGAUACACGAUAUCCGCAGACGGGGCCGGACGAGCCCGUUGACUCACACAUGGUGGUGACGAAGUCGAAGACGGUCAGCUUCUAUCCGACCGACUCUGCCAAGGCCUACAAGGAGAAGCUGAAGUCCCGGAAGGCCGAGGGACACGAACCGAAGAAGAAGGUCAAGCGGAUUCUGGAUCCCGAAGUCAUGGAUGACUGUGGCGAGGACCUCGGAGAGCUCAACUAUCUAUGGAACGAGGAGGUGUGCUGGUGGGAGAUGCCGGGCAACGAGGUGGAGGAUUACUAUCUGGAACCUAGCGAGUUCAAGACGGAUGAUAUCGUCGGAAGACUUCGAGACGACCGUCCGCCAGAUCGAGAACGACACUUCCUCGGCAUCCCUUCGGGUCGAUCCUUCCUGAAUCACACGAAGCAGACCGAGAAUAGUUUCUUCGUUGAUGUGGCCGAAAUCAUGGGAGGAGAAGGACGCACAAUUCAACUACUCGUUCGACGACAUUACGCGGGAGGUCGUAACUUUGAUGCUCUCAUGGGCGUCGAUCUCCUUCAGCGUGACGAGGAAAUGGAGCUUUACCAGUAUCUGAAGGAGGAGCGACCCUUUGUGUUGGUGAUGGCUCCUCAAUGUACUGGCACAGCUGGAUGGUGCACGGUCAACGAGUCGAUCGGCAGCGAGGUGCACCGUCGCAAUGCGGAGGUCUCUUUCAGGCUAGGACAGAUUUGUGCGAAGGCGGCUCACAUUCAGCUAGACGGAGGACGCCACUACGUGAAUGAGUUGCCGAGGGGAAGCCGUACUUAUCGAACUCCAGAAUGGAUGGGCUUGGCCAGGAAGAAUCUCACAUGGGUUCAGCUCAACAUGUGUAUGAUGGGGCUCGUCAACUCGAAGAAGGAGCCUUUGAAUAAGCCGGAGGAGGUAUGGGCGAGUCACGAGGUGCUGAUCUAUCGGCUGCGUUCUAAGGAGUGUGAUCGACGGCGUCGGCAUGGGGAAUGCUCUGGACGUGACACCAAGCCUCCACAGGUGUGGACAUGGCAAUUCGCUCGUAUCUUGGCCGACGGCAUUUCAGAGUUGAUAUGGCUUCACGAAUUGGACUUGAGGAAGCUGAUCUACCCAACUUACCGGCAGCACGAGCUGCGGGUGCGGGUCAUCGAGUACAUCCCCGAGCAGGUGCUGCUCCUGCCGCCGCCGGGGAAGGAGAUGAUGACGUACGACCUCAUCCUGAAGCUGGACCCUCGGGAGCGGCCCCGGCUGCAGCAGCGGGGGAAGCCAUUAUUCCUGUUGGAGAACCGGGACAUCCGGCCCGGGCAAGCGGAGACGAGCCCAACGACUACGAGACCUGCUUUCGGCUGCGGGUCUACCACGAGAAGUGAUAUGGUGCAGGACGUCGUGUGCACUUGCACCGUCUGUCGGGAAUGGCAGCGACGAGGCGAAAAGUCGGUGACAAGUUUGACGUUUACCACGACCUUCAAUGAAGGGAUUCAGUUUGAUCUGCUCUUCCUGGACGACGGCAUCGUGGUGCACUUGAUCGACAUGUGUAUCAGGUGGGCUCAAGGGCUCUUUGUGAAGUCAAAGGAGCCGGGAGACUCGGUCGACAUAUUCAGGGACCCGCCGAACAAGGAUGUCACCGGCUGGUCUUGCGACAGAUUGACGUUCACGUACCACAUGUUGGAGGUCCUCAACAGAUGCCCGACUUUCCAGCACCACGCGGUCAAGUGCGACCUCGUGAUCUUCAUGAUGUGGGAGAACGACCGGAUCGAUGGCAUCGCUGGCCCACUCCAGAGGACAGAGUUCAGCUUCUUUCACGCUAUCCUUGACAGCCAAUCACCACCGGACGCUGAGUAUUGGUUGGAUUCUCGAGUGUGGGAAGCUGUCGAGGUGGCUACUUAUCUUGAGAAUACAGAGAAGGAGAUGCAACUUCUGGAGGUGGAGUUCGAAUCCGAGAUCUCCAGGCUUGUGAUCCUGACCACCGAUGAACACAAGUUGCCUAAGUCUGAGAUCUUCUCUCUUUUUGCGAACAACGGGGGCCAUCGUGUGAUUUUGUCCGUCAACUCGACGGGGAAGACCAAGAUGGUUAUUGAACGAGAGGCUGACGAACUCAACAAGGAUGACCUGAUCAAGCAUCGAGUGGAAGUGGAAAAGGCUAUGUCGAAGGAGCUAGGCAACUGUAUUGAAUUGGGUGCGCUCAAGCAACGAAGCAGGCUAGGGUGCACCAACUUGAUGGACUCUCGAUGGGUGAUCCGUUGGAAGAAGCAGCCAGACGGUAAGUUGGCAGUCAAAGCGCGACUGUGCAUCAAGGGCUUCAAAGAUCUACAGCAGGAUCGUCUGGAUACCUUCAGUGCGACCGCCUCGAGGCAAAGUCAGAGGAUAGUUAAUUUCAUCGCGGCAAGUCGCCCCAAGUGGGUGUUGUGGUCUUGCGAUGUCGGCAGCGCCUUUCUGAAGGGACUUACAUUUCAAGAUGUAGCAGAUAUGACAGGGGAGCCCCUCAGAACUGUUCAGUUGGACCUGCCCAAGGACACGGUGAAGAUCGCAAGGCAGUUUGAACCAUUAUCUAACUAUGAUGUGAGUCAGCACUGCUUAGAGAUGGUACGUCCAGGUUUCGGUCUCAAGGAUGCGCCAAGGUUAUGGAAUCUUAGGCUAAAGCAGGUAAUGACGAAGCUUCAACUCUUGCCGUUGGUGACCGAUUCACAAUUCUACUGCAAGUGGGCUGGCUCUCGAUGUGAACCUGUACCUCGCGAGCUGGUACCCAUGAACGCGGGCGAGGACAAGGCCCGAGGCGCAGACGUGUCAUUCACCGACCCGGAGAUAGCGAUCGAGGACUUGCAGAUGGUGUGCAGUACACACGUGGACGACCUCAAGGGCGCCUCGACCGAACCGAUUGCUGACGCCUUUAUGGAUGCUCUCGAGUCGGAGUUCGGGAAGCUCACAAGGCAAAAGAGAAGGUUCGAGCACUGUGGUACCCUCUACAAACUCUGGUGGGUGGACACUAGAGCCAUGAUCAGCGACGCGUUGACCAAGGGUGGACUGGCUCCAGAACCUAUCCUGAAGUUGUGGGAGACGGCAGUGUU